GAGAUCUUAGAAAAAUGGACUUAGAGCUCAGACCACAACUUCCCCUGUUGUCAGUGAGGUAUGAAACAUUCGAGUGUUCACCAGAACGCAGAGGAAACCCACCCACAAGUUGUCGUGUUUGCUGUGUGCUGGCCACUUUGCUGUGCCCAAUCGUCCGUGUUGAGCCUGUUUUACCAUGGCCGUGUGGGGCAGGAACCUGUUACUGAUUUUUCUGUGGAUGAGUUUUGGGAGAGCUGCUGCUCUUUCAGACCCACAGAUCUGUUACGUGCUGGAUGGUAUCCUGUUUGCAUACGGCAUCCUCCUGACCGCUCUCUACUGUAGACUCAAGAUCCUCAGUGUUCGGGAAUAUGCAGCGGAGAACGCAAAGGGCAAGAAGAAUGUUGAAGAGGGCAUCUAUACGGGUUUGACUCCUCACGCCGCAGACACUUAUGAAACUAUUGGCACGAAGAAGUGAAUCCACGACAGAGCUUUUCCUUUAACCCUUUAGUUCUACGGGUAUUUUCACACAUCUUCUUACAUUUACCUUUUUAAGGGUAUUUGCAGAUCCCCAUGUGUUUCAUAUCAAAAUGUUCAGAACAAACUCAACUUUCUGUAGAGUGAUGUCUACAAUUUUUCCAGAACAAUGUGUGAAGAAAACUAGUCUGAUAUAAAAAUGUUUGUGUUGUUUUUUUGAAAUUCCUCAAAUCUCUUUUGAAAACAAUCCAUCCCAUCAACUUAUGUGUUUUCCAAAUUGUUUCGGUGCUUGAAAUGAGUUUACCAAAGUCUUAAAGUUAUGUAUGAUUCAAAUAGUAAAUAUAUGUCUGAUAUACAUUUUUUAAAUAUCAUUUUUCCACUAUUAGUAUUGUAGAAGUAGGAGUUUUGUCAAACAUUGUUUGGACUCAACGGUGCGUCUUUUGUCCUCAGAGGGUUAAAUACCUUUUUUGGUUUUAUUUAAAUAUUCCAUAUCUAAACUUGCUUAUUAGACUUGUGAGAAUAAGAGAAUGUGAGAUUGCGUGGACCAGUGUUCAUUUCCGUUUUGCUUUUUAAGGGAAGUUACACGACACAGAAAUAAAGAAGUUGUGCCCAAGAUGGGCAGCCUCAGAAAUGCUUACCCUUGCUGUAAGAGUUUUGUUAUUUUUUUACUGUUAUGUUGCAUAUAUUAAAUUUUCAUGCAAACACAUUUUAAACUGUAACGCUUCAGACACAUUUUAUAAAACAAAAAACAAAAUGGGUGUUAUAUUUCGUGUGUAUAGACUGUUUAACUAACUUCCUCUUUCAGGCAAUUUGAAAGAUGUCAAAUUAUGAUUAAUAAGAUAGCAGGUUUAGUGCAAGAUGGUAGAUAGUAAAAAUAGCUGCGUUCCAAACCUCAGAGAUACUGAGGAGUGUUUCCUGCACACCACCAGAUGGCAGUGAUUGUGUCUUUGGUGUUCCAUACCCCACGGACUGUAUGAAAACUCAUGCAUGUAUGAUGCAGAAAGCUCUUAUACAUACACAGAAACUAUUAAAUGUUCAACUUGCUUAUUAAA